CACUUGGCUCAGAAGACUUUGGCUUCUGAUAGUCAUGGACUCACUAGGCUGCUGAGGAAGAUCCAGCAUUUGUCCAUCUGCUGAACCCAUCCAGAAAACAACAGUUACCAGCAGAAGUCAAGAAUGGAAAUGGUGAACUAAGAGGAGCCUGAGGAAGAAGUGUGUAACCAGAUCAGGAACUUCAACUACAAAGAAGAUGAGUGACCCAUCAAAAAACAACCAGUGCUGCCCGCCAAGCCCUCCAUGCUGCCCACCCAAGCCAUGCUGCCCACCCAAACCAUGCUGUCCGCAGAAACCUUGCUGCCCCAAGUCUCCGUGCUGCCCACCCAAAUCCCCAUGCUGUCCACCGAAACCGCCCUGCCCGUGUCCGCUGAAACCCCCAUGCUGCCCGCAGAAAUGCUCGUGCUGCCCGAAAAAGUGCACAUGCUGCCCGCAACCUCCACCUUGCUGCACUCAACCCAACUGCUGCUCUGCAGACAGUAAAGCUGAGUCAGAUUCUGAUGCCGCAGCUGGCCAAAACCAAGAUAAAGGCACUUCAGGGCAACAGCCUCAAGGUGCUCAAAGUGCAUCCUGGAACCAGAAGAAGCCCAACAAGUAGACUGUCUCUGACACCAUGCCCUUCUUCAAAGGGUAUGGGAUUUACUACAAGUUAGGCUAAGACUGUUUUUAAAGACGCUGUUUUCACACUAACCAACAAGUCCACCCAAUCAUAAACGUACCAUUUCCAUCCAACCAUAGGCUACUAUUUGCAACUGGAAAUGGAAGGUAGAAAAGGCUGGAAACAUUUUGCCUAGUGAUCCUGACACUUAGAUAGCAUAGCAAUAAAAGAGCAAUAAAAAAGAA